AAACAACCUUUACCAUAAAUCUUAGGAAUUAAUAUUUUAUUAGAAACUUAUAUACAAACAUUUUACCUCCAGGAUCUUGUGUUGGCUGAUGCCUUGUGUUGUGUACAGGUUAAGUAGAGUAGUAGCGAUUAGUGAAGUCAUUGAAUUUAUAUAAAUAUUUUUAUUCAAGGAACUGAAAUAAUAAUUAAUGGCAGCUUCAGGGGGAAAUUGGUGUCUAAUUGAAAGUGACCCAGGAGUAUUUACAGAACUCAUUAAGGAAUUCGGCUGUAAAGGGGUUGAAGUAGAAGAACUUUGGAGUUUAGAACCUGAACAGUUUAAAACACUUAAGCCAAUUCAUGGAUUAAUUUUUUUAUUCAAAUGGAAAGCUAAUGAUGAACCAGCAGGUUCGAUAGUAAGGGACAAUAGAUUAGAGAAGAUAUUUUUUGCAAAACAGGUUAUAAAUAAUGCUUGUGCAACUCAAGCCAUUCUUAGUAUUCUCCUGAAUUGUAAACAUCCUGACUUAGAAUUAGGUUCUACACUAACAGAUUUCAAGGAAUUCUGCCUGACCUUUGAUGCCAAUAUGAAAGGUUUAGCAUUGAGCAAUGCUCAUGUAAUUAGGAGCGUGCAUAAUUCAUUCGCUAGGCAAACACUUUUUGAAUUUGACAACAAAAACGCUCCAAAGGAUGAAGAUAUUUACCACUUUGUAGGAUACAUACCCAUCGAAGGACGAUUGUAUGAAUUGGAUGGAUUAAAGGAAGGGCCAAUUGACCUUGGCCAGAUCCCUCCAGAUUCAGACUGGAUUGAUUUUGUUAGACCCAUUAUUCAGAAAAGAAUCAAUAAGUAUAAUGAAGGAGAGAUUCAUUUCAACCUAAUGGCUGUAAUAUCUGAUCAGAAAAUUAAAUAUGAAAAAGAACUGAAGCAGCUACAGAAACAAGUGGAGGAAAAUGGUAUGGAAACAGACUCAAUUCAGUCAGAAAUUGCUCGAAUCAAGCUUCUAAUUGAAGAAGAAGAGAAUAAAGUAAAGCAUUAUAAACUAGAAAAUAUUAGGAGAAAACACAAUUACUUACCAUUAAUUGUGGAAAUUUUAAAAAUUUUGGCAAAAGAAGGUCAGCUGCUUCCUCUUUAUGAAAAAGCUAAAGCCAAAGCUCUAGAAAAAGAAUCCAAAAAAGUUAAGACGUAAUUUAUAAACUUGAAUAGAUUGUACAUUUUUUUUUUUUUUUUUUAUUGAAUAUAAAUAUUUUUACAAGCUAUAUAUAUUUUUCCCCAAUGAAACUCCGCAUACAAUAUAACCCAGAAGAAUUCAUUAUAAAAAGAAAGACACAGACACCUAAAGGUACUAUUUCACGGGCGUUGCCCACGACAGUGACUGCUGUUGCCAACUAUUUCCUUGAAACUGCUCCCUGGAGUUGUUAUAACCUUAGAAUAUUUCGUUCUAUCUUCGAAGAUAAAAAAAUGGACUUACUAUCUCUUUUUACCGCUUUUUUAUUUGAUAUUUUUAUUCUUUUAUUUAUUUAAUAUUGUUUGGAUUUAGGUAUAUUUGAAUUUCGCUGUAAAAUGCUGUUGGUGGAAUAAAUAAAUAAAUAAUCUUGUUACUUCAACCUUUAAAAAAUAAUUUACUAUUGCAUUGUUUAAGUUUUAAGCAAUAUUUCUUAUAAUUGUGCCAGAAUUGAAAGAAACAUAGGAAACAAAACUUAUCAACGUGACUGUUAUCAUCAAAACAAUGUUCUGAUAUGAUAACAUAACCUAUAACCGCCAACAGCUCCACUGCUUCAGGAGUGGUCAGAUAGGAGCAGCAUAGAUAUGAUGCCAUACCUGGACUGCCGAGCAGCGCCAACGAAAUAGGUUCCUUUCUAUUCCACUGAAUCAGUGGUCUACCGCAAGCGGUCGCUGCCGUCGACAGUGCCAGUGAAACACUACCUUAAGUUUUUAUUUUUUCGCCACUACGUAUCAGUUUUUAAACAUUAAAGAAAUUUAAUGGUUUUUUAAGGAUUAAAGAAUUUUUUAAAAUUAAAAUGAUACAAUGAACAAUUAAUAUUUUGUUACUAUAAAAGUCUGAAAUGUAGUUAUAUUUUACUCUUGAUUUACUAGUUAUUUUUAGGAUUUCCUAAAGAUAAUGAUGAAAGAUCAAAAAGCUUAUCAGAAUCAACCUUUUAUCAGGUUAAUUAGCCUGAAGAAUAUGGAAGUCCAAAAAAACUUGCAGAAAUCAUAAAAACUGGACUUGUACCAAACAGUAUUAGUUAGUUAAUCUGCUAACUUCCCGUCAUAAGAUGGUUAGUUUAGGACACCAGUUGUCUAUAGCUUUAUCACGACUAGCAUAUCCCGAGGUUAACUCGUGUGAAAUUAACAUUUAGUUUCAACAUGAGUUUCACCUUCAAGAUUUCAAUUAAUCGUGAUUAUGCUAUAGAUCAUUGGAAUUUAAGGAAUAAGUGAUAUGUUCCCCCCUGAUGCUUCUCAUCAGUUUGUCUUUGACUUUCGAUGUGAACAGAUUUUAUUUUGUAGACAUCAACUUAAUUUUCUCUCUAAUCAUGAGGGAAGAAAUAUGUGGUCUGAUUUUUGAGCUGUGAAGUGUAAUUAAAGAAAAGAGCUUUUUUUUCCCCCGUUGUGGGCAUAAUGCAAAGAAAAAAAAGCUAAAACAAUAUGUAAACAGAAUGUCCACUAUACAUUAUCAUAGAGAUACAUCAUCAAACUUGGAAGUGAGUAAAUGUUGAAAGUAAUAAUCUAAUUUGAAAAAUAUGAGCUUCUAAUUAUUAUUUUUAUUUUUUUGCAAAAGUAAAAAAAUAAAAUAAAUAAGAUCUGAUGUAAUUUUAAUUUAUACGUUACUGGUACCCAUGUUGUACCAGAACUAAACAAAAUUUGUUAUUUGAUUGAAAAUCUUUUUUUCUAAAGCAGAAAAUAAGAAUAAUACUUCAAAAGUUGUUCAUUCCGACAUAUGGGGAACUACUUUACUUUUGUGAUCAUAUACUACAAUAUGUCCGUAAUAAAGAGAAAUAUUCAAUACACAAAUGAAACAAAACAGAAAUGAUGUAUUUAUGUUAAACUGACCUUAGAAGUUUAAUUUCAUAGGCCAAAAAUAAAAAUUCACACUGCUAGUUCUUUUAGAAUUAGAGGCUCUUGUGGGGAUAGUUUAUGCUAAAUGAAGAAACAAAAUCUUUUCCCUUUACACAACUUGAGAGAGGUGCUUUGUUUACUUUUUAAUCACUUUACUGAUUUUUUUUUAUCAUUUUGAUUACGUUUUACAUUGUAUCAAUAACGUAGGUAACGAAUUGUAAGUUAAUAGCUAUCUAAAUAGCUAAGAAAUUAUUAUAAUUAUAUUUUGAUUUAUUAUUUUAAAUAAUCAAUCUUUGUAAUCGACAAAGAUAAUUAUAAAACUAACCCCCUUCAAAAUUUGACCUUUUCAAGAUAAGGAGAAUCCAAAAAUGGAAUAAAAGAAUCCUUCCGUCCGCAGCUUUUCUGCGAGACUAUUGGACUGAUUUUUUUGAGAUUCGGUAUCAACGUCGGAAGGCACCAGAGGAUGAUCCUAGGAACUAGGCAGUACCAUCUGUCCUUUCCUUUCAAGAUGGCAGCCAAAAAACCUGUGUCACUAUAGACUAGCACCUAAAUGAAUACCGAUUUUGAUGUAACUUGGCUAAAGUCUUCUCAUUUAAAGUCCUUUAAAUUUAUCUAUAUAACACACUUCACCGAAAAAAAGCUGGAAAAAAGUUACAAGGGGUGGUAAAAUUAGAUUUUCCGAUAACUUAAAAAGUAAACACUUGUUGUCUAUGGUCAUAUAAAAAUUUCUAAAAGAACAAAAAAAGAAUUGUUGAAAUCGUACGAUUUGGUGCCAAGAUAUGUUGUUCUAAAUAUUUUCUACAUGUUCUGCUACAAAAUUGAUAUUAUUUUUCUUUAUUAGUGGAAAAUCUUACAUCAUCUAAGCAAUUGAGAAUGUCUCUAUUUCUUAACAAAAUUGUAAUGAUACAUUUGUACAUUAGGAAUCACUUUUUAAUUAUUUUCCUGUAUGUUAUAAGGAAAGUAGUGUUACUUAUUAUAUAAAACUGUUUGGAAUUAAUAAACUAUUGUGUAAUAAUUUGCAGCAUUUUUUUGCUACCUAUUUCAGGAAGCUAUGUGUGAAAAAAUCUUUUAUUUGAAGAUUACACUGGGUUUUAGGCUGUCUGCCUAUUUUGAGGUUGCCAUUUCCCUAAUAACAAUCCAAUGUAAUUUCAUAUAAACAUUUGUUCAUGUAAAACACUACUUUAAUCAUUUAUUUCUCUUAUGUGGCGCUACGUCCCGCGUGGAGACAAGGCCUCUCGCAGCUUUGACCCCUCAGUUAUCCCUGUGUUGUACAGCCUCCUUUCAGUUUUGGACCGCAAGCAUCUGCAUUUGUAGCACGUCAUCCAUCCACUGCAACCUUGGUCUUUUAUACACAGAAUUUUAGCUGAGCCUGUUCUUGAUUCCUGGAGAUAGUCCAGCAUUACGCAGCAUAAAUAAGUACCAGCCUUAUCAAUGUCAUAUACAUGCGAUUCUUAGUGGCUCGGGAUAUUACUCUGCUCUUGAAAUGCCCAGCGAUUCCAUGAUAACACCUGUUUGCAGAGAUAAUCUGAUGCUGAAUCUUCUGUGCAACAUCGUUUUGGGACUGUGAGCCUAGAUAAAUGAAUUCCUCCCAAUAUGUUGGUAUGAUUCUCCUCCACAGGGCUGUAGUUAUAUAUUUUGUUUUUGCCCUCAUUAAUAAUAAGUCCCAUUCUUUCAGCUGCCCUUUGGAGCUCCAAAAAUAUAUCCUUCAUAGCUUCAAAAGUUCUUCCCAUUAUGUCAAUACCAUCCGCAAACGCAAGGAUCAUUGCAGUCCUAUUGAAAAUUGAACCCCCAACCUGGAUUCCAUAUCUCCUCACUGCACAUUCCAGGGCAAAGUUAAAAAGUAGGCAUGUAAGUAAUAUCACGGACUGAAUACGGACCAUAUAUUUUACCCUCAUAAUAGUUAUGCAUAUAAAGCGAACAAGUUUCACGGGAAUCCCCAAUUCCAACAGUCCGAUGUAGAGUGCUCUCUAAUUACACUAUCAUAUGCAGCCCGAAAAUUAAUGAAGAGGUGAUGCAUGCGUAUUUAUCUUUUACUCCCUGCAUUUUUCUAAUGCUACUCUCAGGAUAAAGAUUUGAUCUAUUAAGGAUUUCCCUUUCAUAAAGCCUAUCUGAUAUCUGCCAAUGACUUCUUGGGCAAAAGGUAGGAGUCUCUCGAAUAGUAUACGAGAAAGGAUCUUAUAUGCACUAGAGAGGAGUGAGAUUCCAGGAUAAUUUGUGCAUUAUAGUACAUCUCCCUUUUUAUAUACUGGACAUAUUAAAGUAUCACUCCAUUCAUUGGGAUUUUUUUCCUGUAGCCAGAAAUCCAUGAGGAGGGUGUGCAUACAUUUUACUGUUUCUUCGCCAUUGUAUUUGAAUGGUUCCCCAGGCAAUCCAUCUCUCCCUGGUGAUCUACUAUUUCUAAGCAAUCUGGAUAACAUUUCAGACUUUGUCCUUGUCUGGAGGCUCAAUGUCGUCCACAGGUAACUGGAUAUCUAUGUCUUGUUCCAUACUAUUCCCAUCUAGCAAGGAACAAAAAUAGUCCUUCCAUCUAAAAACAAUUUCUGGAAUGUCUGAUAUUACGUUACUGUUCAGGCCUCUACAAGCACUUAUCCGUGGAUGAAAAGGUUUUCCAUGCCACAACCUUUUUUUCUUAUAUGAAGGUUCUUUUCGGACCUCUUAGUCCUGUACUGCUCUACUGAAUGGUGGGUACGUCUGAAGCAUGAGGUGGUAUGCUGCAUUUUUUGAAGCUGCUGUUUGACAUUCUUGGUCAAACCAAGGUUUAUCUCUUCUCCUUUCUUAGAGUCCAAAUAUUUCCUUAUGUCCUCAGUCUGAUAAUUGUGUCGCAUUCUUUUGUCCUUAUGAUUGGCAAACUUAUCCCUAAUUUCAGGAUCUGUAAGUUUUUGAAUUGCAUACUUUACUGGUGGUCUAUUUCAUUGCCUACGGGCUAUGGAAAUUCUGGUCCUUAUUCUUGAUAUCAAAAGGUGAUGUCUGAGCCAAUAUUAGCCUCUUUUUGGACCUUAGCAUUCAUCAAGCUAGAAAUAAAUCUUGCACUCAUCAGAAUUUGGUCUAUUUGAUUGGUAGUAAAACCAUCAUUUGAGCUCUAAGUAGCCAUAUGUAUGUAUCCUCUUAUGAGGGAACAGAGUGCUACCUACUACCAGCCCUCGAGAAGCAGUAAAAUUAAUCAUUCUCAGGCCAUUGCCAUUCGUCACAUCGUGCUUACUGAUAGUUUGGCUUAAUGUUGAUUCUUUAAUCAUUUAGUAAUAUAAUAUGCAACAUUAUUUAAAGUAUACUAUUUAAUAUUUAUAGUAGAUUAACAAAAUUGUUUUGAAAAAACAAAUUCAACUUGAAAAAUAUUUAGUCUUUCAAUAAUCAAGUCUCACUAGAAGUUGUUUUUAAUUUAUAGUUAGCUAUAACUAAAAAAGGGAAAAUUACAUUGGGAUAUAAAAACAUUUAUUUACCAAUAUGUUUAAACUGUGGAUAUUAUUAUUUUACAAAAUAUACAUAUUAAUCUUAUUUAAUAACACUGGUGGGAAAAAUCAAAGCUUUAAUCACCCUUUUCAUCUCGUUUAACCAAAAUCUUAUUUAACAUUUUUUUUUUGGGUCCAUUUUCAAAAUAAGGCAGGACAUGUUGAUGUAAAUAUUCAGCACACUCUAGAGG